CCUUGUUAGGAUUAGGUAAAGCCUUGGCCACACUGGAGCUGGGUUCAAAAUGCCAUGGCAACGACAAGAAUGGAGGAGGAAAGGGGAGGGGGACAAAACAUGAAUGGAGAACAGCACGGUGGCUCCUUCUCCUUCUUCUUCUCCUCCCUCUCCUCCUCCUCCUGCUGCUCAUUUGUAUACAGAUUAGUAUUCGGUGUGAGGGGAUGCUCCUCCGCCUGCUGGCUCCACUAACGCGCCGUCAGCCAGCGCGUCACGAGACUUGAAGUGGACGGCUGGGUGGGUUAUAUUUAGACUCUGGGGAGGAAAAGAUAGGAGCGAUUCCUCUUGAAUGGGUUGGCUUGGUUUUGACGAGGACUUGCUGUAGUGGAGAGGAGAAGAGGAGGAGGAGGAGGGGUGGCAGCUGCUGCGCACAAAUACCAAAAUAGGAUAGGACUGCCUGCGACCGUCCAGCAUGAGCUAAAUUGAGGCUCUUGUGUUUUGAAAAGAGAAGGACGGCGUGGAGUGUCGACCAGCGCGAGGCGUUCAUGGACAUAGGAUGAGAGACACCAUGACACACAUGCAAGGAAUCUACACGCACGACUUCUGCGACGGUGACCACGCAGCGGAGCUCCUGGAUGCUCUCCGGCGCUUCUACACCAGCGGCCUGUUCACCGACGUGUCCCUGCAGUGCGGCGACUCCGGACAGGUGUUCCGCUGCCACCGGGCGCUGCUGUCGGCCCGCAGCUCCUAUUUCAAAGUCAUGUUCACGGCCGACAUGAGGGAGAAGUCCAACAGCGUGAUCAAGCUGCGGGGGGUGGACAGCGGGGUGCUGGGCGCCCUGGUGAACUAUGUCUACACGGCCCAGGUGUGCAUCACCGAGAGCAACGUGCAGAGCUUGCUGGAGGCUGCGGAUCUCCUCCAGUUUGUGUCCGUCAAGCAGGCGUGCGAGGAGUUCCUCGUCCGCCUCCUGGACGUGGACAACUGCCUCGGGAUGCACGCCUUUGCCCAGCUGCACCUGUGCCCGGGCCUGGAGAGGGAGGCCCGCAGGGUGAUGCUGAGCAGGUUCACGGAGAUCCUGCAGCAGGAGGAGUUCCUGGAGCUGGAUCGGGAGAAGAUGGGGGCUCUCUUGGCCGCGAGCCUCUCCUCACAGAGGGACGAGGUGCUGAUGGAAGCCGUGGCUAAGUGGGUGACACAUGACUGGGAUCAUCGUGUUCUGCACGCCGCAGUCCUCCUGCGCUCCAUCCACAUAGACCUGGAUGAGAGUUACUUCAAGGCUGCUUUAGAGGUGCACAGGCAGUGCUUGGUGAACAGCGAGGGGAAGUUUAAAUCCCUGAUCUUCCAGGCGAUAAGGUCUAAUGGUAAGGAGAUGCCCGUGAGUAGAAAAAUGUCCUCCAGCAUGUAUGUCAUCGGAGGAUACUACUGGCACCCCCUGUGUGAGGUCCACAUCUGGGAUCCUGUCAGCAACACCUGGGUGCAGGGGAAAGACAUGCCUGAGCCCGCCAGGGAGAGCUACAGCGUCAGUUUACUGGGGGCAAACAUCUAUGUGACCGGUGGUUACAGGACCAACACAGUGGAAGCCCUGGACACAGUGUCAGUGUAUAACUGUGACUAUGAUGAAUGGACCGAGGGCUGCCCCAUGACCACAGCCAGAUACUAUCACUGCUCCGUGGCUGUGCAUGGCUGUAUUUAUGCCAUCGGAGGCUACAGAGGAGGAGCUCCAGAGCAGGAGACAGAGUUUUAUGAUCCUUUGAAAAAGAAGUGGUUCCCCGUGGCCAAAAUGAUACAAGGUGUAGGAAAUGCAACAGCCUGCGUAGUGGGAGAUAAAAUCUACGUGAGCGGGGGUCACUACGGGUACAGAGGAAACUGCACUUAUGAGAAAAUCCAGGUCUACAGGUCGGACGCCAACGAGUGGAGCAUCAUCACAAUGACUCCCCACCCAGAGUAUGGGCUGUGCUCAGUUUCUCUGGACAACAUGCUGUAUUUAGUGGGUGGACAGACGACCAUCGCCGACUGCUACAACAUGGAGAGAGACGAAUGGAGGCCAAUAUCAGUAAUGAAGGAGAGGAGGAUGGAGUGCGGGGCUGUGGUGAUAAACGGUUGCAUUUAUGUAACAGGAGGAUAUUCCUACUCAAAGGGGACUUACCUGCAGAGCAUUGAGAAAUACGACCCUCAGCUGGACUCUUGGGAGAUUGUGGGGACUCUGCCCAGCCCGGCCAGAUCCCACGGAUGUGUUUGUGUUUUUACUGUUUAGUUUCUUACCACGAAUGUUGUCAUUAUGUGCCAAAUAGAUCAACUGGUGAGCUGUGUUCUGUCAGAGAGGGCAAAAUGCUGCCACGUUCUGGACCGAACAACUGCCUUGAGAUAGCUAAGCCAAACUGUGAAUACAAUGAAGAACAAGCAAUAUCACUUUAAACUCAGGGGCAUCAUUUGAGCAUUUUAGUUUAUCCUGUUUUAAGAGAUAUGAAGACUGAAAAGAGAGAGAUGACCUUAUUAUAGUAUUAUUAAAAUCCACUUUAUAUAUACACAAAAUCCACCUCAGACUAUUUAUGCAGUAGAGUGUUCCAAAUAAUGAUUUCCUCUUUUUCUUUGCGUAAAAAAAGAGAACUGUACCACUGGGCUGCUACUUGAUUAAAUAAAUCACCACUCUGAUGAUGUGA